AUGACUUCAAAAAAACUAGGACAUUCAUUGACAGAAAAUGAUAGAUUAUUAGACAUAUGUGAAUUACAAAAUGCAGAACGUGAAAGAAAUAUUGAAAAAAGCAAUAAUCGCUCUAAUAGAAAAAAAAUCGCCAAUAAAAUGUUUUGCCAUAAUGAAAUUAAUAAGAUUCUCGAUGAAAAAGAUUCAUGGCCAAAUGACAAUAAUCAAUUAUUAACAAAUUCUGAUCGACUUUGGAUUAUGACUCAUAUUCAAAGUAAAUUUUCCUAUUGGCUACUCCAUGUUCGUGAAACAUGGGAAGAAUCUCAUUUACAGCAUUUUCUCCUAGAUCGACGGCGUGAUCGACAAAGUUUACAAGAUUAUCUUCGAAAAAAUAAUGAAAUAUUUAAAAUUCAAUAUAUUCUCAAUAUAAAAUAUGAAGAGAUUGAAAGCUGGGAAAAUCAUUUACGUCAAGAAGAAAAUGCAUUAGCUAAAGCCGAGAAGCAUAUCGGCGAAGAUUUAGCUUUAUUCGAUCAAUUUCUUGAUGCUUGCAAUCGAAAUGCUAAUGAAGCAGCUUUUCGAGUUGAGGAAGAAGCACGUAAAAAAGAUGAACUAAUUAAUGAAAUAAAACGACUACAAAAAACUCUUGUUAGCUAUCAUAAUGAUCAUAAUCAUUUAACUGAUAUAUUGAAACAAUCACGUCGAUAUCAACAAUUUCUUUUUAAAUUUGCACCUAAAGAAUGGCGUGCUGACAUUGUUCAGCAAUGGGAAUCUAACGAAAUUGAAAAUAAUCAACCUUCAGAAUUAAUGUCGAUUCCAAACGAACAAAUUGAUAUUGAAUUCUAUAAUGAUUCUCGUACAAUUACCAAUGAAAACUAUUCAGUUUAUUUUACUAAGCCUGAACAAUUACUUGAUAUAUUCACUGAAAUGGAAGAAAAAUCUUUACCACUCGUGGAAAAAAGUCAAUAUACAUCCGAACUACUCGAUAGUAUACAUUCAACUAUAAAGAAUACCAUAAGUGAACAAAAUCAUGAAGUUGAACAACUGAAAAUAAAAGUCAACCAAUUAGAAGAAUCUAUUAAACAGGAAAUUGAACGUGAAAUUUCUUGUCAAAAUAUUUUGACGUAUUUUUUGCUCUUUCUUUCUCCUUCAUAUAGCCGAACAUCAUACAUGUAUAAAUUUAUUUAUAGACAAUGUAAAAACGAAAAAAAUGAUCCAUUAAUUGAACAAAUAAAAAACACUAUUGAAAUUUUAUAUAAAAACCAUAUUAUUUCUGAUGAUAUGGGUAUAUCAACAAUUCAUAUGUUACAAACAAUUGAAAAUAAAAUAAAAUCCUUAUUAAACAUAAUCGAACAUAUGGAUUCAUCUGCUGUGAUGGAAGCUGAAAAAUUUCGUGAGAACUCUAUUCGAACGAUUGAACGUCAAGAAAAAAUUCGACAAGAAAAAGUAAUCAACGAACUUAGACAUAAAAAAACAUUACUUCGAACAUCAGCACCGCCUUAUCCGAAAGUGUGA